GGCAAUAACUUAUUGUAUUACACGUGCCAUCAGGAAAAAUGUCAAAACAAUUGAUAUUUUUGAGUUUAGUUGGUCAUUUUUAAAUACGGUGUACUUUUUACUUUCAAGCAUAAUGGAUAAUGAUGAAAUGGACUUGGAAUAUGUCGAGGCUGAGGAUGACGAGGACGCAGGUGAGGAAGGAAUGGAAAGCGACAAUGAUGACGAAACGCCAAACGUAGCUAAACCCAAAGAGGUAUACCUGCCUGGUAAACCCUUGGAAGAUGGCGAAGAGCUCGUCUGUGACGAAUCCGCCUACAUAAUGCUACACCAGGCAUCCACAGGUGCGCCAUGCCUCAGUUUUGAUAUAGUGCCCGAUGAAUUGGGUGCCGAUCGAGAGAAGUAUCCCUUAACCGCUUACAUGGUUGCUGGUACUCAGGCUGCUCGCACUCAUGUUAACAAUUUAAUUGUCAUGAAAAUGAGCAAUUUGUACAAGACCCAGGAAGAUGAAGAGGAUGACGAAGAUGACGAGGAAUUAGAAGAUGACCAAGACGACGAUGCAAACCCAGACGAAAAACGAAAACCACAAAUGGCAUGUGCAUUGAUAAAACACCAAGGUUGUGUUAAUCGAGUACGUUCCCAUCGUUUAGGCAAUACGGUUUACGCAGCUUCAUGGAGUGAACUAGGACGAGUAAAUAUUUGGGAUUUAUCAAAACAGCUUCAAGCUGUCGAAGAUCCCCAAAUACUAAAGCAAUAUGAACGUGAAGUCGUUGAUGAGACUGUACGCCCAGUUUUCACUUUCAAUGGUCAUCAACAGGAAGGCUUCGCAAUCGACUGGAGUUUAUGCGCUGAAGGUGUGCUCGCAACGGGAGAUUGCAAACGUGAUAUACACAUUUGGUCACCUUUGGAGGGAGGCAGUUGGAAAGUUGAUCAGCGCCCACUUGUGGGUCAUACUGCAUCUGUGGAAGAUUUACAAUGGAGUCCCAAUGAGGCUAGCGUACUGGCUUCUUGUUCGGUCGAUAAAACGAUACGAAUUUGGGAUUGUAGAGCACCACCUCAAAAAGCUUGUAUGCUAACAUGUGAAGAUGCACAUCAAAGCGAUAUUAAUGUCAUAUCAUGGAAUCGCACAGAACCGUUUAUUGUAAGUGGUGGUGACGAUGGUUUCCUUCACGUGUGGGAUUUAAGGCAAUUUCAAACAAAGAAGCCUAUCGCAACAUUCAAACACCAUACUGAUCAUAUUACUACAUUAGAAUGGAAUCCGAAUGAUGCUACAGUGUUUGCGUCGGGCGGUGACGAUGAUCAAAUCGCUCUAUGGGAUUUGGCGGUAGAAAAGGAUGUAGACCAAGAGGCGACCCCCAACGCAUCCGAACAGACACAAAGCGAAGAUGAGAUAAAUAAAUUACCACCGCAAUUGUUAUUCAUACAUCAGGGCCAAAAGGAAAUAAAAGAGUUGCAUUGGCAUCCGCAAUUGCCUGGUGUAAUAUUGUCCACGGCUCAUAGUGGAUUUAAUGUUUUUCGAACGAUCAGUGUUUGAUAAUAAAAAUUAUUAACUGAUAAA